AUGACGACGCUUUCUAUGGGGUUGAAUCGUAACAGUGAACAGCUGUUUGAAGAAAUCGCUCACGCAAACCCUCAGCUUCGAAUGAACCUUAUCGAAGGCCAACUUGAAUUAAUGCCGAUGAAAAAAUAUUGUUUAGAUGCAAGGGAAUUUGAAGUCAUUACGCAAUUGGGCAUCUGGUGUCGUGCCAACAGGAACUUGGUUGGACAGGGUGGUGCUUCCCAG